GUUUACAGCACGAGAACAUAAGCGUGCUGAACACGCUAAGAGAAUAUAACACCAGCUUCGGUGGCAGCGAGCGCGGAUGCCUGGCAAUCAAGGGCAUUUGAGCCCUGAUCCGUACUGUUUGUCUGGGAGGAAAUGGAGGGCUUCUCUGGCGCCACUUCACACAAUGCCAAAUGUGCUUCUCAGCAUAAGGCUUUGACUUGCCCGUUACGCUCUUCUUUGGAUAUGGGCUGUUCGCCAGCCGAGUAAGGGACGUCAGCGGUGCACGGCGGUGCCGUCCACACCUGUCCCCACGGACCGCCCUACACGCGCGACGUCCGCGCUCGCCCUUCCCUCCUGCGAUGCAGAAGCCCCACGAUUGUGAGUCUUCUGAAUCAGCUAGAUGCACUUUGGGAUAGUUUAGGUGCGGCGGACGCUUGCCGCCACGUGUGUGAGCGUUGGAAAGGGAAGGGUCCGCCGGGUCCGGCCGCGCGGGCGAAUGUUAAUUCAAGCUCGUAGCAUCGCUUGUGACAGCCUGUAGGCCCUACGCCAACGCGCGGGGAGUUUGGCUUAGUACUGCCGAAUCGAGUACUUCCAUUUCAGCCGGCACCCCGCCGGCCUGGACUCUUACUUGAAACGGACAUCAAAAUAAGAAAACAUUGCAAAUAACACCGCAGCAGCGACUUAACAAAGCUGUUGACCUCAAGCUGGCUUACAAAAAAGUUGUCCGCGCUGGACUCUCAAUUAUAAUGAUUUCAUGACCUCAAUUAUAAUCGCCUGGAUACGGACCGACAAUGAAAGAAGGUCGGGCGGGGCUGUGCUGGACCUGCUUCGGCCGGAGUCCUAGUCCGCGGGCGGAGGCUCCUCCAUCGCCGCCCGUGCGCGAGAAAAAAUCAGCCUCUGUCGAUGACAUCCCUAACUCAAAGGGUUUGGAGUCGGCGGGCAAAGAGGUCGCAGUCGCGCGCCUGGUGGAGCCGUCCCCAGCCUCGCAAAGCAUCGUGGACCUGUCAAAGCUGGGCGACGUCAUGCGCGAAUGCAGCGGCGUGCCCGGCAGCAGCUACCACCAGCUCUCACGGCUGUGCGGCAUACUGGCGGGGCACUUCGAUGUGGCGUAUGUCAGCGCCGCUGUGUUCUCGCCCAGCGGGCUGACCUGCCUGCCGCUGACGGCGCGCGGGCGCCUGAGCAGCGCCUGCCCGGUGGGGCUGCCGCAGGGGCUGGACGGCGGCGCGGCAGCUGCGCCCAGCUUCUUCCUAGUGGCAGGGCAGCAGCGCUUCCUGCACCGCCACGUGCCGGCCGACCCCACCGCCGCCGCCGCCGAGCCGCCGCUGCCGCCCGACUGGGCCCUGCUGCGCGCCACCACCGCCAGCGACGUCGGCAGCAGCAGCCGCGCGGCGGGCCCGGUCCACAGCGGCACGGGCGGCGGGCAGGUUCCGGCCACUGCGGGCUUGGCCUCGUUCAUAGGGCAGCACGGCCUGGCGCCCCAGGGCUUGGGCACACGCGGCUCCAGCCAGACGUCGUGUCAUGCGGGCGGCAGUGCGGGGGGCCUGGCGGCGUUUGUGGCGUGUGCCAUCAGCGUGGGGCCAGACACCGUGGCCGUGCUGACGGUGGCGGACGAGGAGCCCGACAAGUUCGCGGCGCCCAUCUGGCGCACGGCCCUGGAGCUGGUGUGCGCCUUCAUGGGCGGCUGCCUGUUCCGGGACCGGCAGCUGACGGGCUAUGCGGGCGUGGUGGAGGAGCUGUGCGGCGUGGACAGCCUGGACGAGCUGGUCCGCACGCUGUCGCGCUGCGUGGUGCGCCUGCAGAGCGAGAAGCUGCACCACGUGCGCCUCACCUGCCGCAUCGCCUGCGUCAGCGCCGACUCCUCCUGCGCCAUCAUAUUCGACGAGGCGCUGGCCCGGCCCUCCAUGCUGCCCUCCGGCAUGGACGACGGCGCCGCAGGCGGUAUGCUGGGGACGGGGCAGCCGGUGGGCGCCGCAGGCGCUGCAGGCGGAGCGGGCUCAGUGCACAGCGGCACGGGGCCGCGAAUGCCGGGCGCGCACAUGCGGGGCGGUGGAGGCGGGGGCGGGAGUAUGGGUGGCGGCUGGCCGGCGCAGUUCGGCAGCACGUCGUGGCAGCCGUUCGGGCAUGACGGCGCAAGCGGCGCCGGCGGAGUGGCGUCGGGGCCCGUGCCGGGGGCGCACACGCCGCGCGGCCGCAUGGCCCGUCUGUCGGUGCUGUCUCCCGCCGCCUUCGCCGACCCGCACAUGGCGGCGCUGGCGCUGCAGUACCAGGUGCAGAUGCACUCCACAGCCAAUCUGGUGCCCGACCCGGAGCCGGGGGAAAGCACGCGUGGAGGUGCAGGCGGAUAUGCAGGGGGUGGAGCAGGAGGAGGAGGAGGCGGAGGCGGAGGCGGUGGAUCAAGUAACGCGCUGGUCUCGGCGGCGGUGCAGGCGCUGCUGUUGAAGGGGGCGACGAGCGGUGGGCUGGGGCUGGGGCACGGCAUGGGCGGCGUGGGCAGCGGCGGCGGCAGUCCGAUAUUGAUGCAGGCAGUGCAGCCGCUCACGCCCAGGCGUGUCGGCGGCGCCGGCGCCGGCGGGUCCAGCUUCUCACAGCCGGGGGUGCUCGCGGCGGGAGCAGCAGCAGCAGGCGGCGGCGGAGUAGGAGGCGGCGGCGGCGGCGGCACCAGUCUGACGGGCGACGUGGGUCGGGACCGGGACGGCAGUGCGCCGUGGAGCCCGGCCUACGACCCCGAGGCGCCCGCCAACUUCAGCCAGGCGCAGAUGAUGCAGGUGGAGGGCAGCACCUACCUGACGGAGCACACGCUGCUGGGCGAGGCGCUGUCGCAACGGGCGGGCGUGUGGAUCGGCGACUGCGUGGCGUUCAUGCAGAACCCCGCCAACCCCAACGCCGACGUGUUCCUGGCCGCCACCACCGGCCACACCACCGCCAUGCUGCUGGCCGUCAUGUGGGAGCGCAGCGCAUCCGCAGCAGCAGCAACAGCAGCAACGGCAGCAGCAGCAGCAGCAGCAGCAGCAGCGGCGGCUGGUGGUGGUGGCGGGGUUGCAGGGGGUGCUGGCGGAGGCACUGGAGGUGGCAGGGACGCGGGUAGCGGCGGCGGCCGGCCGGCAGGCUCCGGCCACGGUUACGCUUACGGUUACGGACACGGCUUCGCGCGGCGGCUGUCAGGCCGUGUGCCGGGUCAGCAGGGGCAAAGCGGCAGUCCUCUGUACGGCGUCGGCAGCGGCGGCGGGCUUGUGUACGGGCUGACGAGCGCAGCCAACGGCGGCGGCGGCGGCGCCACACCGCCAGGCACAAAGCGCUCCUCCCGGAGAACGAGCCUGCUCAACCCAGCGGCAGCAGGCGCGGCGCCGGUGUCACCGGUGGCUGUAGCAUCAGUCACCGGCGGCGGCGGUGUGGACGGUGGCGGCGGCGGCAGCUUCAGUCUGGUGAAGCGGGCGCUGUCUGGCGGCGCCGGCGGCGCGGUGCUACUGCCGGGCAAUGGGUCGCCCGCCACGCCUUUCAGCCAUGCCGCCACGGCGGCGGCGGCGGCCGCAGCAUCAGCGGCGGCUACUGCCGGCGCCGUCGGUGGCGUGCCGUCGGCGGCGGCGGCGGCGGCGGCAGGGCUGUCGGCCCGUAAGCUGCUGCUGUCAGCGGAUGGCCAGGGCCCCGCUGCCACCGGCAACACGAGCGGCAACGGUGGCAAUAUGGCUGGCAUGUUGAACAGCACCGUUGAUUUGACCAGCGCCUGUGGCGGCGCCCGUACAUCGUCUCAGCCCAGCACACGUGCAUCUAACGCCAUUGGCGGCGCCGGCGGCGGCGGCGGCGGCACCGGUGCCGCGGGCGGCGGCGGCGGCGGCGGCAGGGCUGGCGGCGGCGGCGGCGGUGUCCUGCGGGCAGGUCAGCCGCUGCUGGCGUUCUACUUGCUGACCUCGGGGCCGACGUCGCCGGCGGUGCUGCAGGACCUGCUGGUGGGUCUGCGCGAGCUGCUGCGCGCGCUGGAGCCGCAGGUGUCCGCCAAGCUGUGCUGCGAGCUGGCGGAGGAGUGGGGCAGCCUGCAGCGCGACGUGCUGGACCGCGGCAAGGUCAGCCGCCAGCCCAAGGACCGGACCAUCGUGCUGCGCAGCACGGCGCAGCAGCUGGGCGCCAUGCUCAACAGCCACGGCAGUGUGGACGACUACAUGGCCGCAGUGACGGGACCGGCCGGAGCCCCCGCAGCGGUGGCGGGUCCAGGCGCCACGGGGGCCGGCGGCGCAGCCGGCCCGGACGCGACCCUGCCCUUCGUGCGGCCCUCCUCCCCGCGAAUGCCGCCGCCCUCCGCCGCCCCCACGCCAGGCGGCAGCACCAGCACCACCACUGGCCAGCUGCAGCUGGACGGCCCGCUGGGCUCGGGAGGGCACGGCCUCCUCCACCACCACGGCCACGGCCCCCUGCCCGUGCCCGUACCCGGCCAGGCCUCCCCCUCCGUGCCCUUCUCCCGCCUUUCCAUGUUCCACGGCGGCGCCGCCGCCGACGGCCAGCUAGACAGCACCGGCCGACCUAGGCUCGCCGCGAUGCGUUCGAACAGCGAAAAGGCGAUGCUGGUUGGCAGCCCCGGCGGCGCCGCCGCCGGCGGGCCGCUGCCGGUCCCUGGCGGCGGCGCGAACUCGCCGGCGGCGGCGGCGGCGGCGGCACCGGUUGGGUCGCCGCGCUUACGUGGCGGCGGCGCCGGCGCGUUUUUGAUGAGUCGGUCGUUCACUGGCAAACGCAUGAGCGCGCUCAUCAGCGGCGUGCAGGACCGUGUGCAGCAGGCGCAGCGCAUGUCCGUCUCCUACAACUCCAUGUUCAGCCGCCCCGACGACCUGCGCAGCAUCACCAUGAUGGACAGGAUUGGCAGCGGCGGCUUCGGCACGGUGUACCUGGGCUUGUACCAGGGCACUGAGGUGGCGGUGAAGGUGAUCCUGGAGCGGGAGCUGGAGGGCACCGAGGUCUUACGUAAUGCCGUGGAGCUGGCAGUGCUCAGCACCGUCAGUCAUCCGAACAUUGUGCAGGUGCUGACGUUCUUCACGGACGUGACGGUGCAGAUCCCGCCGCUCAAGGCGCGACUGGCGGGCACAGCGCCGCCCAUACACCUGCUGCCGCACGAGCCGUCGCAGGCCCAGCAGUUGGACGUGUUGUCGCCGGUGGCCUCUGAGGCCGCCCUGGACUCGGAGGCGGGGCCGCCCGGCCUGCCGCUAGGACCCGCACCACCCGACGCCGCGGGAGGCGGCGGCGGAGGAGGAGGAGAUAAGGCAGGAGGCGGGGGAGGAGGAGGAGGAGAGGGUCUCGGCGAGCCGGCGCCUCCGGGCUUAGGGCCCAUCGCGGCGGCAGCGGGCGCCGCGGUCCCUGGGUCCACCCUGCACGCCAUCGCCGCAGCCGCAGGCGGCGGCGCCACGGGCGCGGCCGUCGCCGCCGCGGCCGCCGCCGCCGCCGCGGCUGCUGCUGCUGCUGCUGCCAACGGCUCUAAUGCCGGCGGCGGCGGUGGUGGUGAUGGUGGUGGUGGGGGUGGGGGUGGCCAGGUCCCCAGGAAGGCGCUGGUGAUUCUGAUGGAGUUUUGUGAUGCGGGCUGCUUGGCGGACGCAAUUCGCAACGGCGUGUUCAAGGAGAAAAUUAAGGGCGGCUACGGCGCGCUGCAGCCCGCCUGGUCAUCCAUCUACCUCACCCUGCUGGAGGUGGCGCUGGCGCUGCGCUACCUGCACAGCCUCAACCUGGUGCACCGCGACCUCAAGCCGCAGAACGUGCUGCUCAAGAGCUCGCCCUCCGACGUGCGCGGCUUCACUGCCAAGCUGUCUGACUUCGGACUGGUGAAGCUGCUGACGGAGGCCGACAUGGUGGCGAGCUCGGUGACGGCGACGGCGCGGCGGCGGCGGCGCUACAGCGGCACCAUCACGCACGUGGCGCCGGAGGCCAUGACGCCAGGGCCGGGCGGUGUGCCGGCGGUGGAUGUGGCGGUAGACAUGUACGCGUUCGGCAUCGUCAUGUGGGAGAUCCUGACGGGCCAGCCGGUGUACAUGGGUCUGGACAGCGACCAGAUCAUUGAGCGCGUGCAGGCGGAGGGGCUGCGGCCGUCCUUCCCGCCGGAUACGCCGCCCGAGUACUCCAGCCUCGCUCACCGCUGCCUGGACGGCGACCCCCGCCGCCGCCCCGGCGCCGAGGAGCUGGUGCAGGCGCUGUCGGGGCUGUCCGCCUCCUCGCGGCCCAGCCUGCUGCUGGCGCAGCGCCGCCGCCUGUCCACCCUGUCCAACAAGGAGCUCCUGCGUAACGUGGCCAACGCCAACCUAGCCGCCGCCAACGCCGCCGCCGCCGCCAACGCCGCCGCCUCGCUCAUGGGCGGCGGGCUGGCGGGCGCCGCCAUGGCGGUCAACGGCGGCGGCGCCAUGGUGCUACCGCCGCAGCGGGGGCACAGCCGCCAGCGCCGGGCGCACAACGAGGACGACUUCCCGCUGCACAUCCUGUGAUCGAUGCGCGCAUGAUGUUGUUGAUGGUCAUGAGGAUGGUGGGGAUGAGGAUGAGGAUGACGCGAGAAUGCCUAGGAUGAGGAUGAGGAUGAUGGGAAUGAGGAUGAGGAUGGUGGGGAUAAGGACUGUUGGGAUACGCACGAUUGUCUCGCCUGCUUGAUUGAUGCUCGGUUGAUGUGAGGUCAUGUGCGUGACACGGAUCGGGAUGCAGGUUGUCUGUGUGUGGAAACACGGCCACACGAGGGUGCGUGGUGUGGCGUUGGGCUUCACGGCUAUGACGAUUCCUUUUGUUUUCGCUUCCAUGCAGUUGUGUUUCUCUACGUUCAUGCUUUCUCAUGCGAUGGGUCGUGUGUGUUUAGGCCAUCUGGCAUAUCACUGUUGAGCAAAGUGUAUCAUUGGCAUGCAUGCAUUUUCAAGCACAACCACAGGUACGCUGGGGCCACGCGGUAUCAGGUCGGCUGCGCGGUGCUGUGCCGGCAUGUCGUUUGCGCGGUGGCUGCUGUCCUGGAAAACAAAUGGCGUCAUUAUGCAAAGGGCACGCACGAGGUGGGUACGUAUGGGCUAAGGAUUGUUGAUUGCGAAGGAGAGCGCGAUGGCGGCAACGAAUGGGUGGUGGGGCAUUGCAGCCACAGCGCCCCACAUGAGCAUACUGUCGACGCACGACGUGCCGCGACAAGUAUGGGGAGGUAACGACAGGUCGGUAGCUGUCUUUGGCAAGGAAAAUAACUGCUGCUAUGCCUGGGUCUUCAUAAGAUGCUAGGGCUCCAAGUGACAUUGAUGGUAAUGCUGCUGAUUUUGAUGUUGCCUGCAAAGUGCGGGGUAAUGGGCACGGUCGUCACGUGUAGGCUGGAGUGCUGGGACAGAUAUAUGUGCAUGUGGGUGGGCGUGCAAGUCGCGAGUAGUGGAAAGCGCGGUGGGCGGCGGUGAUUCAAGAAUGAAUGACGCGAGGCGGUUGACUGGCUGCGCGACCGCCAGAGCUACGUAAAAGGUGUGGGGGAAGCCAUUUGCGUGUGCGUGUCUCACGCGCGCAGUCUGGAGCGGACCAAAACUUUGGCCUGUCCUUCAGACGUUUAGGAUGUUCAACAGACGGUGACGAAUGGUGUGAACCCGCGUAAAGAGGCUUCGGGGGCGUGCGUGGCCGAAGGUGCUGGACGUCGCGUACGGCAGGUAGGCGGAAAGUAAGGCUGGCUGACUGGUCGUGCUGGGAGCUGGGAGCUGCGUCUUUGGAAGGGCCCGAGACCUUGUGCUAUAAGAUGUAUUAGGGCAGCGCUGACAUGGCAUUCAGCAUCUAGCAGGUUGCUUCUUCAUGACAUGACAUGAAGAAUCAUCAGAAGCUCCGGCCCGGCGGCCGCGUUUGAUGGUCCGAGAGCACGAGACCGCCUGUCGCCCGUGUUCAGGGUGGUCGGGUAUUCUUAGGAACAUAUACUUGCAAUACGUUGCUGGUUCAUGUCAUGAGCUGAUGGACAUGAUUGAGUGUGGAACGCUGUCCUCUCGCCGGGUGGGGUGACGAGCGACUCUGGGCAUCUCCACGGACUGGAAUGCGGCGUAUGUCGAAGUCACGUGGAGGGCCCCCGAAUGACACGAUGGGCUCAGCCUGUCAAGAGGAAUGAAUGGGCACCACUUCAACAAUAAGUAGUC